AUGCAGAAUGGGGCCGACGCCAGGGGCCCCAACGAAGGGGUGAGGGAGGAACUGUACUAUUCAGAGGUCCAGCGCGCAGCACCAGAGCAGCCUGCGGCAGGGAAGUACCAGAUGGUCGGCGGGGCGGAGCAGAGGCCUGGAGGCCGUGGCGGGUAUGACGAGGGCGCCGGCGCUGCCUUUGACGCCAGGGGGCCCAGGGGCCCAGUAAGUAAGGGCGGCGACGACUACGAGCCCCAGGCGCAGAUGCUGGCCUCGGCGGAGGCUGCCCUCCCCCCUGGCGGUUUGGGCCGCCGCGAAAUGGAGCACAGGGAGCCCGCCGCGGAUUACGCCCGGGAGGCGCGGCAGGCGUCCAGGGAUGGCAACGGGCCCGUGCCGGAAUCGGGUAAGGCCGAAGACAGGGGCCGAAGGGCGCCGCGUGGCGCUCAGGGCGCGGCGCCGGCGUCCAGGUCGCCACCGCGCCCCAGGCGCCCCCUGUCGCCCUCCCGGCAGGGCGGCGAGACCUCCCCCUCGAGGUCCCCCCGCCGAUCCCCCGCCCGGUCCGCCACGACGUCCCACACCUCCCGCUCCAAAUCCCGGUCCAAAUCCAGCUCAGACUCCCGCGGCCGGUCCAGCUCGCCGCGCUCCAGGCCCGCCUCCCCGCGCGGCGCCGGUCGAUCCAAGUCGCGCUCCCCCCGCCGGGGAUCGCGAUCCCCAUCGCCAGCCAAUCGCAAGACGUCGUCCAGAUCGCGGUCGUCCGGGUCGAGGCGGAAGACAAGCUCCGGCCGGGGGCGUUCGUCGUCGUCGAGCAAGUCCCGAUCGCCGAGGUCGGGUUCACCGGGUGGCCGCAAGGGGGGGCGAUCCAGGUCGCCAAGGGAUCGAUCUUCCUCGAGGUCCGGCCAGCGCAACAGGGGGGACAGGGAUGGCAGGUGGGACGGCCACAGGGGGGAUGGCUACAGGGGGGACGGCUACAGGGGGGAUGGGUACCGGGCGGAUUAUCGAGACAACAGGGGGUACAGGGGAAGGGGUUAUCAGCAUCAGGGGUUUGAUGGCGGCUGGGACAACAGGAGGAGUGGGCGGGACGAGUGGCGCUGCGACCGGCCAUACCAGAGGCCCCAGCCGAUCGCGUUUGACAGGGGGGGAUUCAGGAGGGGGGGUUACAACCCAGGGUAUGGCAGGGGAGGGCGGGACUACGGGGGGAGGGGGUACAACGAUGGAGGGUACGUGCGGGGCGGCCGGGGGUACAGGAACAUGACCUACCGCGGGGGUAGGUUUGGUGGCAGGGGCGACUACCGGGGCAGGGGGGGCUGGCGCGGAGGGCACCAGUUCAACGGGUAUCAGGACCGGGGCUACCAGCAGCGGGGGUACCAGGACCGGGGGGACCAGGACCGGGGGAUGCACAGGAGGAGGCCAUCGCCUGAGGGAGAGAGGGGCCGUGGACGAAGCCGCCAGGGGCCUGGUGCAUCUCCUGGGGGCAGCCCAUCGUCAAAGCGUCGGAGAUCGCCAUCGGAUAGAUCGGAUAGAGGCAAGCGUGUCCGCCACUCGGGAAGGCGCUCAGCAUCAUUCUCGAACAGGUCAUCUUCAGGCCGCUCAUAUCGAUCGUCGAGUCGAUCGUCUUCGUGGGAAGUUCGCAGCCCGCCUGGCCGGAAGCGCUCUGCACAAUCAAGCUGGGAUCAACCUAAGGGGAAGGACGAAUCCAUGCCGCAGGGAGUGGCCAGAGACCCAAGUCCAAGGGACAGGAGCCCAUCGGCAUCCCGUCAAUAG